AUGGCGAGACGUUCAAGCCAAGAGGGCAUCCUCAGCCGACAGAAGAUCAACGUACACACCGUUGUUAUGCUGGUGCUCCUUGGUUUCGGCUCCGUCACCGCUGGUUACUCUGCGGCCGUGAUGGGAAUCACCUCAGCAGGUCAACCAUCAUUCAACGAUUAUUUCCAACUCGAAACACGUUCCAAUGGCGCAGACCUCCUCGCCACCAUGAACGGGAUGUUCUCAGCCGGCGGUGUGAUCGGUACGUUGCUGCUGCCCACUAUUGCAGACAAAUGGGGUCGCAAGUGGGCAUGCGCUGUGUCUUCCAUAUUGACAAUCGUGUCGGGUUCCCUGCUCGCGGGCAGCGUCAACGUUGGCAUGUUCAUCGCGUUCCGCUUCCUCGCGGGCGCCGGGUCGUUUAUGUGUCUCGCUGCAGUGCCUCUGCUCAUGGGCGAGAUUGCUCCGGUGCAUAUGCGCGGUGGCUUGAUCGACAUACAUGCCUCCAUGUUUUCUGGCGGAUACGCCAUCCAAGCCUGGAUCGGGUUUGGGUUUUACUGGUGGACCGGCAAGGGAAGCUCAAAUGCAUGGAGACCACCAAUUGCCAUCCAAUGCUUUUUGGCCGCUGGUCUUGACAGGGCCUCUGAGGCCAAGGAUAUCCUGCUGAAGCUCCAUCUGGACCCUACUGAUCCGAACAACGACGCCGCCCAUGCCGAGUUCUAUCAGAUCCAGAAGCAGAUCGCCAUCGACAAGACCCUUGGGAAUACGUGGUGGCAUAUCCUCAAGAAGCCCUCUUACCGAAAGCGAGCCGUGAUCGGGUGCGGUAUUACAGUCUUCACACCUUUCUCCGGUAUCUAUGUCAUCAACGUCUACGGCCCAACGCUGUACAAGUUGCUUCAGUAUUCUACGACCAAAGCACUCCUAAUCCCUUCACUAUGGUCUACUUUCAACGUCUUGUGCAACCUCACUGCCAUCGGUCUCGUGGACCGGUUUCCACGCCCGAAAUACAUGGCCUUCGGGAUGGCUGGCUGUAUGGUUAGCCUGAUCGUCGAGACAGCUUUGAUAGCCAACUUUGUCCCAUCCACCAACAACGCGGCCCUCCAAGCUGCAGUGGCCAUGUUCUUCAUCUUUACCCUCUUCUUCAACCUGUGCAUCGAUGGCACUCAGUUUUCGUACCUAGGAGAAGUCUUUCCCACUCAUCUACGCGCCAAGGGUGUCUGUUUAGGCAUCGCGCACAUAUCAUUCCAGAACAUUCUCUGGCUACAGGUUGCGCCCGUGGCCCUGCGAACAAUCGGAUGGCGGUUCUUCCUCUGUUUCAUCAUUCCCGGGUCGAUCGCCUGUGUUGUCAUGUGGGUCUGGUUUCCGGACACCAAGGGUCGGCCGCUGGAGGAGAUCGCGGCGCUUUUCGGUGAUGUCGACGAGGUGGCCAUCUACCAGCACGAAAUCGAAAUUGACACCGCAACGCACACAAUUCGAGACCUCCAUCACGACUCCAAGGGCGCUGCUCAGACCCAGCUCGAGUUUACGUCCCAUCAUGAAGAAACAGGCUCCGAGAAGGUGUGA